UUGUUUAUUUGUGGGUUUUUCCCUAGCUCUUGUUGUUGAUGACGAUUCUUUUGAGCCUGAUUUCUUUGUGCUCGAUGGCUAUUUCUUAGCAUGAUAUUUUUUUUUAUUUUUUGGGUGGUUAUAGCUCCAGCACCAAUAGCUAUACAUGAGGAAAAUGCCUCGCCGCAAUUCCUGUGAAGAUAUUGGUUGGCAACACUGCAUCCCUGUUGAUGGCAAUAAGAAAAUUGUCAGGUGCAAUUAUUGUGGGAAAGUACUUUAUGGUGGUAUAAAUCGUCUAAAACAACACCUUGCAAAGAUUAGAGGGGAUGCAGCUCCAUGUACUAAAGUGAAUGAGGAAAUUACAAGAAUCAUGAGGGCCAACUUGGAGGCAAUACAAGCUGCAAAGGAGAGAAAAAGAGCUAUAUUACAAGGAGCAAAUAUAACUACUGAUUUUUCUGGUGAAGAAAAUACUUUGUCGGAUCGUAAAAGAAAGGGAAAGGAAUUAGUAGAUGAGGGUUCGGCAAGAGGAUCAAAAGGGAAGAGCCUACAAGGAGCACAUUGUCUUAGUAUUGUACCUAGUACUUGUAGUGUAGGCGCUAGUGUUGGUGGUGCUGGUCGGUUGAAUUCAUUCUUUGAGCCUAGAUCUACACAACUGAAACUUAAAUCUUUCUGGGAUAACAAUCAAGCUCGACACAAAGCACAUAUCGCGAUUUCUGACUUCUUCUAUCAUUGUGCCAUACCCUUUAACUCAAUAAACUCACAGUAUUUUAAGAAGAUGUUAGAUGUAGUGGGGAGUUAUGGGCCUGGCUUGAAACCUCCAUCGGGUAAGGAGAUAGCCGGGAUUCUUUUGAAGAAUAAGGUUCUAAGUAUUAGAGAAUCAUUUAAAGAAUUGAAAGCAUCAUGGGCUAACACUGGAUGCACUGUCAUGUCAGAUGGGUGGGAAGAUGGUAAGGGGAAAACUUUGAUCAAUUUUUUGGUUUAUUGCCCGCGAGGAAUCUAUUUUGUUAGGUCUGUAGAUGCUUCUGAUAUAGUUAAGGAUCCUAAAAGUCUCUUUAAACUGCUCGAUGAGAUUGUUAAGGAGGUGGGAGAGGAGAAUGUGGUGCAAGUUGUGACUGAAAAUUCGGCCAAUUAUGUGGCAGCAGGAAGAUUACUAGAAGCAAAUAGGAAAAAUAUCUUUUGGACCCCUUGUGUUGCCCAUAGCCUUGACUUAGUCCUGGAGAGUAUUGGAAAGAUGAAAAAGGUAGCUGAUUGUCUAACUAAAGGAAAGAAGAUAACCAAAUUUAUAUAUAAUCAUUCUGGGGUAUUGAGUUUGAUGAGGUACCAUACUGGUGGUAAGGACCUCCUUCGACCAGGAAUUACCAGGUUUGCUACUAAUUUUCUCACUUUGCAAAGCUUGGUGGAGCAUAGGGCUGGGCUUAAACGUAUGAUUUUGUGUGAUAAGUGGAAGGAAUCCUACCAUACAAAGACUCCUGAAGCUAGGGAAGUUGAAAAGAUUAUUUUAGAUGCAUCAUUUUGGAGGAAGGUUGAAGAAGUUCAGAAGUCAGUUAUUCCUUUGGUGAGGGUUCUUCGAAUGGUAGAUGGUGAUGAGAAACCAACUAUGGGUUAUAUUUAUGAGGCAAUGGAUAGAGCCAAGUUGGCCAUCAAAGAAGCACAUGAAGAUGAAAGGAAGUAUGGACCGUAUUGGAGGAAAAUAGAUGAGAGAUGGGAAAGCCAACUGCACCAUCCUUUGCAUGCAGCUGCACAUUUUCUCAACCCUGCAUUUCGGUAUCGAGUAGACAUCCCUGAGCGCCCUGAGUUACAACGGGGAUUGAACGAUUGCAUUGUGCGUCUAGAGCCUGAUAAGCUGAAGCAGAUACGUGCGGCCCAAGAGAUUGAUAUGUAUAGGAAUGCUCAAGAAGACUUUGGAUCAGAUUUGGCCGUGAGAACUAGGGAUAAGUUAACUCCAGCCGCAUGGUGGCAAUCAUAUGGCAUGUGUUGCCCUACUCUACAACGCAUAGCUAUUCGUAUAUUGAGCCAAACUUGUACUUCUUCUGGUUGUGAACGCAAUUGGAGUUCUUUUGAUCAAAUUCAUACAAAGAAGAGGAAUCGCCUUGCUCAAGAGCGUUUAAAUGAUUUGGUUUAUGUCCAUUACAACUUGAGGUUGAAAGAUCGUCAAAUGAAAAUGGGAGAACCAUGGACAUACAACCCCAUCCGACUAGACAAUAUUUUCACAGAGGAUCCAUUGGAUGAAUGGGUUGUAGAGACAGAAAUCCAGGCCCCACUACUUGAUGAGAGUGAGGUGGUUAGUUGGAUGGACAUAGAGUAUGAAGUUGAUGAUGACGAUGCAAUUCCAGAGAGUGCUGUACAUAGCCCGAGUGUGGGGGAUGUCGGUCUUCAGAGUGGUGAUGACUAUGAGGGCAUUGAUGACGACGAUGAUGGUUACGAAGAUGAGAAUGAUUUAGAUUCCUAAGGCUAUAAUGGGAAUACAGACCUUAGAAUUUAUGCAUGAGUGGGCCACUAACAAGCUUGUUGACUCAUAGGCAUUAGAACAUUUUUCUUAAAGAACAUGUUUUUGGGAAUUAGAUCCUUCUCUCCAAUAGAUUGUAUGUGUAUUUGAUCAUGUACCCCCAUUGUAAUUGUAUUUAUGCCAUUAAUAAAAAAAUUGUGAGCUGUU